AUGAGACCAAAAGAAUCAGAUGUAUAUAAGAGAAUUCGUUUGUUGGGACAAGGGUCCUUUGGGAAGGCUUAUCUUUGUGAAUAUUUAAAAGAUCACUCUUUGUGUGUUAUUAAACAAAUGGACAUGAGAUAUUUAAAUGAUUAGGAGAAAAAAGUAAUUUUUUUAGCUAAGUAAAUCAGGAAACCUAUAGAGAAUUCAGGAUAAUGUCUGAGUUAAAGCAUCCAAAUAUCAUUAAUUUUAGAGAGGUUUAUAAGACUGUAAAGGGGAAAUUAUGCAUAGUUAUGGAUUAUGCUGAAGGUAUUGGGAUCUAAAUUACAAUUAGGUGGUGAUUUGGCUUAGGUGUUAAAGAAUACAGAGGGACACAUACCUGAGUCUAGGAUUUUGGACUGGUUUACUUAAAUGUGUCUUGCCAUUAAGCAUUGUCACGAUCGGAAGAUAAUUCAUCGAGAUAUAAAAACUUAAAAUAUGUUCCUGACUAAAGACAUGAGAAUACGUUUGGGAGAUUUUGGGAUAGCCAGAUUACUGAACAAUACAAGGGACAAAGCAAAAACAAUGGUUGGCACUCCGUAUUAUUUGGCACCUGAAUUAUUGGAGAAUAAACCAUAUAGUUUUAAAGGUGACAUAUGGUCACUUGGAGUAAUACUCUAUGAAGUAAUAGAAUCAAUAUUAUAAAUUAGAUGUGUGCCAAGACUCCCCCAUUUACUGCUGAAUCGUUGGCAUCGUUGGCCCUAAAAAUAGUGCGUGGCUAAUUUCAAGCCAUUCCAAAUGUUUACUCAUCCCAACUAAGAACGUAAAACUAGUCUUAUAAUUAACAAAGAUAGCCUUGUGAAUUAGCUUUUAACAGUUAAUCCUGAAAAAAGACCGGCUGUUCACCAAAUACUCAAGCUGCCCAUCAUUACAAAUAGAAUUAAGAAUUUCCUAUCAGAGACUAUGAAGAGGAGCGAAUUCGAUCACACAAUAUUGCACAACCAGCAGAUUCAUUUGUCUGAUACAACUAUUCCUUUGAUUGAUGACUAAGAUGCAAAGGGUGACUUAAUUGAGUAAACUUCAAAAGAGAAUCAGGUUAAGCAAUUGCCAGGAAUUAAGAGUCCUCUCGUUAACUUGUAGAAAUAAAGAAAGAACAGUGAUUUAAAGAAACUACCUGAAAUUAAAUUGGCCAAGCUUGACAAGCCGCCCAUAACCAGAUAAUAAAGCAGUCGAUAACAAUUGAAUCAGCUUCCUAGUUAAAGGGUAUAGCCAUCUACUCCUGAAGUAGGUAUUCAUAAUAAACAAAAAAACGGGCGCUUUAUUACAAAAGAAAGUCCUGAUUCUUAUUAGGGAUCAGAUCAAGUCAUGGAAGAAGGAAACAAAAAUAGUGAAUUAGAGAGUCCUAAAUUCUUUAAGAAAAAUAUUGACAUUAAGCCUCACAUCAAAAACAUUAAGGGGCUUACAAAAUUAGAUUAAAUCCAGAAAAUUAAGCUUGGAUUGAAAUCUGAAGAUGAUGCCAAAAAACCCAUUUAUAGAGUUCAUGCAUAACCAAAAAUGUCAGAAUAAUUAAAAUAAAAGGAACGAAAGGUAUCUGAAGAAAUUGUUUCAAAUUAUUUAAAAUAAGAGGAACCAAUUAAUUAAUAGCAUCAACUAGAAAAGAUUUCGGAAACUCCAGAAUAAAAACUACUCAAUUAAUCUACAAUCAGUGAUUUUCAAAACUCAGAAGAAAACAUUGACAGUAACAAAAAAUAAAGUAUUUUGACACCUGCUUUCGAAAUUCAAAUUGAUAAAUAAUUUCAAGCACCUGAUUUGAUUUCAAAGAAACCGUCAAAAUUAAUCAAACAGUCUAUUUCUAAAACUGAUGAAGAGAAAAAUAAGAAAAAAAUAUAUAAAAUAAUUUAUAGAGAUCCCUUCUUAAGAAAGCCUCAAAUUUAGAAACGAAACAGUGAAGAGGAUAUGAAAGAAAUGAUUAAUGAACUGAAAAAUGUUCUUGUAAAGAAAUUACAUAUAUAAAAUAGUCGGAUUAAUCAAAAAAAUCAGAAGAACCAAAUCUAAAAAAUGAAGUUGAAUCUGAAGAUUCUAGAAUCUAUUCGGAAGAAUCAAGCGAAGAUUUAAGAGAUGAUGCUGAUACACUGCCACCAUAAACUUAAGUUAAUACUUGGAUGUAAAGUAAUACCGAGCCAGUUGAUAUAUCACAAUCAUAACCAGAACCGAGAAGGAAGAUUAAUAGUAAUUAAAAGAGCUUGAAAGACAAAUUAGUUCGAGAAUUAGGACAUCAUUUUGAAUAAUUAUUUAGAUUAGCUAAAUUAUGCACACAUUUAGAAGACUUGGGAAAACAACACUUAAAAAUGGCUAUAAUGGAUAACAUUAGAAUCGAUGAAAAUAGAGCAGAAACUUGUGCAACUCUCUUGGUUACAUUAGCCACAAUUGGUUACUGA